AUGAACGGCCUGACGCUGAGCGAGCUGUGCUGCCUCUUCUGCUGUCCGCCCUGUCCGGGGCGGAUCGCCGCCAAGUUGGCCUUCCUCCCGCCGGAGCCCACCUACUCGGUGAGCGCCGACCCGAACAACCAGUCGAAGUUCAUGCUGAAGCUCUCGGAACGGGCCGACUGGCAGUACAACCAGCGGGAGCUGGACGCCUUUGAGGUCUUCUACGCCACCUCGUCGCGCGGCAAUCGAAUCGCCUGUAUGCACAUUCGCGCGACGGCCAACCCCAAGUUCACGAUUCUGUUCAGCCACGGGAACGCCGUCGACCUGGGCCAGAUGAGCAGCUUCUACCUCGGCCUGGGCACCCGCAUCAACUGCAACAUCUUCAGCUACGACUACUCGGGCUACGGGGCCAGCACGGGGAAGCCCUCGGAGAAGAACCUGUACGCCGACAUCAACACCGCCUGGACGUCGAUGCGCACCAAGUUCGGCAUCAGCCCGGACAAGAUUAUCCUCUACGGACAGAGCAUCGGCACGGUGCCCACCGUCGACCUCGCCUCACGCUACGAAGUCGGCGCUGUCAUUCUUCACAGUCCCCUAAUGAGUGGCCUUCGCGUGGCGUUUCCCAAUACGAAGCGGUCCUGGUUCUUUGAUGCCUUUCCAAGUAUCGACAAGAUUCCGAAGAUCAACUCGCCGGUGCUGGUGAUUCACGGCACCGAGGACGAGGUGAUUGACUUCUCCCACGGCGUGGCCAUCUACGAGCGCUGCCCCAAGGCGCUGGAGCCGCUGUGGGUGCAGGGGGCGUCGCACAAUGACGUGGAGCUGUACUGCCAGUACCUGGACCGGCUGAAGCACCUCAUCACCGUCGACCUGGCGCCCACCAGCUCGUAG